AGCCCGUACCAUGGGGGACACAGCCCGUACCAUGAGGGGCACAGCCCGUAUUGUGAAGGACACAGUCUAUACCAUGAGGGACGCAGCCCCGCUGUCGGGACCUCCUUCCCCCCGACUGCCUGCGGUGCUGCUGCGCGGCAGCAAAUUGUGUCUCUGCCAGUAGAGUGGGGGAUUCCCCACGGGACACCCAGCCUGGGCCUUGGAUAAACUUAGUUUCAGGCAAGCCUGUGCUUUUUUGAGCAGAUUCCCUCCCGAUCGUGGCAGGGGAGCUGGCAGUCGAGCUGUGUGCGGAGAGAGGUGAACGCCAGUGUUUGGUGAGAGCGUGGUUCAGAGCACCAGGCGCUCGCCGGCCGUGCCAGCGUCUGUGCCCGGGAGCCGAGGGGAGCGCGGUUCCCGGCUGCUCUCAGCAGCACCGUGUGUGACACGAAGUCAUUACAGGCACUGGAGGAUGACCACGGUCCGGGAGCGUGUUUCCUGGCACGGGCCAGCAGCAGCAACACCAGAGCCGCCCGGUGCGGGGUCAGAGCUGUCCGGCACGCCGCUGACCUGACGCCAGCCCGCAGAUUUACACACUUUUUCGUGGUGUUUGCAGGGCUCCCACCGCGCCAGGGCACUGACCUGUGGCUGCUGCACGCUGGUUGACGUGCACGGAGCGGCUGCUUCGGCAGGAGCGCUGGUGGAUGGCGGAGCUCCCCGUUUCACAUUGUUGUUUUCUCGUCACUGAUAACAUUGCUGCUCUCGAGCGCCAGGUGUUAAUUUCUGUGAGGUGCUUUCCCAUUUAGUGAAGUCGCUUGCCCAGCGCUUUGUGGGGAGCAGUGGGAGGUCGCCAAGCACGUGGGGCAUCGGAGGCUUGUCCAGCUCUGCAUGUGCUGGGCGAGGGGCCAGCGUGGGAAGUGGGGGUGAAGCCCUGCAGUCAGGAGGGCCGUCGUGCCGCCAGCACCCACCAUUUCUCACAGCUGGACAUGAGGAAGGGUGCUGGGCAGGUGGUGGCACGAGCCAGACCAGAGGAGCGUGGUCUUGCCUGCCAUCGUCACCAGCAACCCUGUGCUGGGGCAGGAUUGGGUGUCUGGGGUCCAGCUACCAUGAAUGCUCUCUUCAAUCAUGAAUGCUUGCUUCUUCGCAACCCUCUUCUGCUGGGAGGGUCCUGCUAGCGUCCCCAGGCACCGGGCCAAGGGAUGAUGCCCGUUGAUCUUCCAGCGGAGCUGUUGCGGCUCAUCCUGUCCUACCUGCAGCUGCUGGAGCGGGGUCCCUGCAGCGUGGUGUGCAGGGGCUGGCGGCAGCUGGUGCUCAGCCUGGACAGGAUGCGCUGGCGGCAGCUCUGCCUGGGCGUCCUGCAGCACCGGCCCCCCAGCUGGCCCCGCCGCCCCGACGCCGAGCCGCCCUCCUGGAGAGACACCUGCAAGCAGCACCACCUGGCCUCCAAAACCUGGACCAGAAACAUGCAGGACCCCGGGUUCAUCACCUGCCUCUCGCUCUUCUGCAGGAGGAAGGGCCGCCGCCGGCUCCGCGUGGGUGCGGGGGGUGAUUUCGGCAGCCUCUGCGCUGCCCUGCGCUCCUACGACCGGCUGGUGCUGCUGCCCGGCGUGCAGGAGGAGCAGAGCGAGGUGCCGCUGAAGGUGCCGGUGGAGCUGGUGGGGCAGGGCGGGCUGGGGGACGUGGUGCUGUGGGCCAGCAUGGGCCAGCACGGCCCCACCGCCCACCCCUGCAUCCUGGUCCUCCUGCCUCCGCGCUCCUCCUCGCUGCUCUACAAGACAACCUCAGGCUACGUCCAGUUCGACAGCUGCCGCUUCGAAGGCGGGCAGCUGCAGAUCCGCGCGCCUGCGUGCCAGGUGAGGUUCUGCACCUUCACCCGGUCCAGCGCCCACCUCCACAGCGUGGCCCUUUGCGUCCUGGAGAACUGCGGGUUCGUGGGCAGCGAGAACGCCUCUGUGACCGUGGAGGGCUGUCCCAGCUCCGACUGCAGCCGGGCCUGCAAGCACCUGGCGUGCGCCAAGUCCUCGCGGCGUCCUGGCGGGAGCCCGGCCCAGCCAGGCGGGACAGCACCGGGGAAUCGCUGCUGGGGCCGCGGAGGGCGCGCGAGGUUGUCAUGGCGGAGGAACAGAGCAGCUUCCUCCCUGUUGUGGGUACUCCAGCCCUGCGCGGCUCAGCCCAGGACGGUGAAUUCGGAGAGAACCUGCGGGCAGCGGAGCAGGAGGGGUACCCAGCCCUCGGCUCAGACCCCAGGGACAGUGACUUGCUAUGCAACAAUGAGGAGGACGCCCAGACUGCCCUGCCAAGCCCACGUCACGCACAGGAGGCUUCACAGCGACAGGCUGCACACCUUCCAGAGGGACCUUCAGCUCAAGCCUCUGCAGCAGCAGCUGCAGCAGGACAAGGAGGCCCGGUCCCUGGCCAGCUCUCUGCAAGGCUGCAUCAUCCGGCAGUGCCUUUUCAAGGGCGGGAAGGGAGGAGCAUUCAUUUAUUCACAGGGCAUGAAACUGGAAGGGAGCAUCUUCAGGGAUCUGACCUACGCCGUGCUCUGCAUACAAAACAGUAAGGGGCUGUGCUUCUCCUCUUCCCCGCAGGUUAUCAUGCUGAGGAAUGACGUCCACCACUGCAAAGCCUCGGGGAUAUUCCUGCGUCUGUCAGCAGGACGCCUGAUCGCAGACAACAACAUCCACUCGAACGGCACAGCCGGCGUGGACAUCCGCAAGGGAGCCAACCCCCUGUUGUAAUGCAAUAAGAUACACAGUGGCCUUUGCUCAGGCAUUGUCAUCGUUUGCAACGGAAAUGGCAUCAUCCGUAGCAAUCAGAUCUAUGGGAAUAAAGAAGCUGGCAUUUAUAUUCUGUAUAAUGGAAACCCUGCUGUGAGUGGGAACCACAUUUCCCAGGGACUGGCUGCUGGAAUAGCUGUGAACAAGAACGGGAAAGGCCACAUCACAGGGAACGUCAUCUGUGAGAACCAGUGGGGUGGGGUGGACAUCUGCCAUGGGGGCAACCCCGUUCUCAGGAGCAACCUCAUCUCCUGUGGCUACUCAGACGGCGUGGUGGUGGGCGAGCGAGGGAAGGGCCUCAUCGAAGGGAAUGCCAUCAUGGUAAGGAAGGGCUGCGGUGUGUGGAUGAUGUCCUCCAGCCUUCCACACCUCAUCAACAACCAGAUCAGCCACAAAAGCAUCUACGGGGUGGCCGUGUUCUGCUGCAAGGAUGAUGCUGGCGACUACUCCCCAGAUCAGGGGGGCAGCGAGAGCUUCCAGGAGGAGAGAGAAGGUGCUGGCGGGGAGAAUGACCCCGACAGUGAGGAGGAGCACCCGGCUGCCCAGCGACCCAUCAGCGUGGUGCUGGUGGAGUUGAACAGCAUCAGCCACAAUGGAGCUGCUGGGCUGCACGUCAAGAGCCGCGAAGUGCUCAACGUCUUUGCCAACGUGAUCUGUGCCAGCGGCGGGGUGGUGUCGGUGCUGCAGGGCAGCCAGCUGGCCUGCAUCGCCAACAACAGCAUCUCCUGCAACAGCCGCGCUGGCGUGCUGGUGGAGGCCGAGUGCCAGGUGGAGCUGCGCGGCAGCGGCAUCUACGAGAACGGUAGCCACGGCAUCACCUCCAAUGGAGAGGGCGUCAUCACGGAGAACAACAUCAUCGACGACCACCGGUGUGGCCUUCAGCUGCUGCAGGAGCGCACAUGAAGGUGCCUCUUGCUGAGGGGACACCGACUUGUGUGUCCCCGUGGCCAGGAGCAGAGGGGACACUGAGCCUGCUUCUACUGCCCACCCUCCGAGGGUGGGGGAAGCCAUUGGGUUGGCAGCAGGACAGGAGGGACUGCCCUGGCAUUGCCAGCAGGAGAGCAGACAGUCAGGAUCAUGUCCUUCAACCUGAAAUUAGAGGGGCUGUAAUUUUCAGGUUACCUUAGAAGUGUGAGGGAAGUUGUCACUGAUCUUCUUUGGCAUUGGGAGGCUGCACCUGAAGUGUUGUGCUCAUGUUGGGACCUUAAGGUCAAGAGGGGAAUGGAGAAAAGGGACAGGAUCCAGUGCAGGGCUACCAGGAUGAGCAAGUGCCAGGAAGCAUGUCUGAUAGUAGAAUCAUGGAAUAGUUUGGCUUGGCAAGGGAUAUAUAAAGGUCGUCUAGUCCACGCAGCUCAGGGUGCUCAGAGCCCCGUCCAGCCUGGCCUGGGGUGUCUCAGGGAUGGUUCAUCCACCACCUCUCUGGGUACCUGGCACAGGCUCUCACCACCUCGGUGAGUCGGCCAAGGGCCGGGUUUGCUGCAGGGCACAGGCAAAGCUGACCUGGCGCCAGCCUGCGGAGACCAGCACCUCUGACAUGCCAACCGCCGACUGCCUUCUGCAGGCAGGGGAGCAGAUGGGCACAGCACGAGGGGAUCCCAGCACAGGGGGAUCCCAGCACAGGGGGAUCCCAGCACAGGGGGAUCCCAGUGCAGUGAUCAGAAACGCCGCACAGCGGGCCGCACAGGGAUGCACACGCAGACAGACCUGGCUCAGGAGGGGGUGCUGAGCCAAGCAGAGCAGAGCGCUGAGCCAGGAUGAGGCCUUUGUUAGCCAUUGGCAGUUCACAGGAUUUACAGAUACGGACCUGGACUAAGAUGUUCCAUAAGAUGUUUUUCCAAUGGUUAUUAAAAACACACCACACUCAUGUUAUGUUUGUUCAGUUACGCUCCCACUCAUUCACAGACCAGGCCCAAGGACAUUCACACAUCACACGUAUGGGGCGGUUUUCCGACCCCAGAUAUUCUCACUGGCCUGGGCUGCCACUUCUUACGCUCAUGAAAAACGUGCUUUGUAUAAUCUGUGCAAGGCCCUUCAGAUGGAACUGCUGUUCACACAUCCCAGCGCAAGGAGAUCCCAGCACGAGGGGAUCGCAGGACGAGGGGAUCGCAGGACGAGGGGAUCCCAGGACGAGGGGAUCCCAGCCCGGGGGUCGCGGCUGAGCUGGCGUGCAGAAGCGGAAGUGGGCCCCGCCGCGGCGUCGCGGGUCGGUCGUGCCGUGGUGCUGCCACCGUGCAGAGGCGAAGUGCAGCGAUGGAGGUCUCCUUGCUGAGCCCCAGCGCCAGCUGGCAGCAAGGUCGUCCCAAAACCAGGCUGAUUUCCCAGUGUGCAAUGAGCUGAUCCCACAGAGGCGAGACGCUGUUAAUUACAGUUGUGCAAACCUGGAUGCUGGAACAAAGACAGCGUGCCAGCAAGAAAAGUAACAGCCAUUAUAUACAAGGCCUUAUCCCUACUCAGGGCCACCCUGAAGAGCCACUUGGAUGCACGUUUGCACAUUGGUUACACAUUUGCACACUAGUAACACCAUCACUUUAACACUACGCCAGCUCCCUGAGGACGGGUCUCCAGCUGGGCCUGGGUCUUCCCUCCUGCAGGUGUGAUGUUUAGCGUAAUACUAUAGUGAGUGUAUAAUGAGCAAUGUUCAGCUAAAGGACACUUUAUCCAACAGUCUCAAUAUAUAUGUUAAAACAAGACAACUGUGCAGGUUCCAGAAUGUCUAAGCUGCAAGGACAAGAUCUUUAAUAAGGAGUUCUUGGAAUCACUCUUACUGUCAUUCAAAGAGCAGACUGACCCAAAACUGGUGCACUGAUUUUCACAUCCUUGGGGCAGUAACUGCUGACAGCAUUGAUUUUUCCAGUGGUGAUGACUGGAGGGGUCCGUUUGCUCGUGGACGGUCCUGGAGCCGGGGCAGAGCCGCAGCGGGAGGCGCCGACACGCGAUGUGUAUGGAUACCGGAUACACCUGGUCAGUGGCAGGAGAGCAACAGGUGGACACGGGUGGACACGGGUGGACACGGGUGGACACGGGUGGACAUGGGUGGCAGCAGCGGGGUGGGGAGGAUGUGAGGACCCAAAUUCCUGCUGCAGGGCGGGAACUGCCAUCCUGCAUCAUCCUGGAUCGGUGCAGAACGUCCUGCCCCAUGUUCUGAGGUAUCCACGGCCUUGGGGUGUGUGGGACCUUGGGGAGAGCAGGGGUGGGCAGUACCCGCACCAGGACAAACAAACAAACAGCAGCACAAACAGCAGCACAAACAGCAGUCGCCAGGAGGGGACGUGCCUGCAGAAGCACCUGGAGACGCUCAGCACGGCUCUGAAAGCGCCCGCAGGGAAGCAAGCAGCGCGACCACCACAGCUGCGGCGGCUCCAGCUGUUCACAGCGGCCGUCACUGGACCCGUAUGAACCUCCAAGCCAACGCCGAGACCCUUGGAAACAGGAUUUGUGACUGUACCGCCGGGGCUGCCCGCGGCGGCCGGAGCCCGCAGCCCUGGCGCCGGGGGGCACCUCUGCGCUCAGACGCUGCCAGAGGGGUCUGGUUCCCGCCAGCCAGACCCCAGAAAUCCACACGUACAGAGAACGCUGAGAGUUCCACCUUUACCACAGCUUUACUGUCCUCUUUUGUGCUCUUUGCACCUGGGGACAGCACAGUGCCCACGGAGGACCAGAUGCUGUCAAGCAGGCAAACAGGGAAUUUACACAAAAUACGUGUAGUUUGACUCACUUCGAAUGGCAGAACGUAAGAAAGAAAAUUUCAAUACACGGAGUAAGACUGGAAGAGGUCGAAUGGACAAGUAUCCUUCGACUGUCAGCAGGUUGAGCUCUGUACAGAGUUCAAGUAUUGUCUUCAAAUAUUAAUACUUAAACUAUCAAUCACUAUGGAAACGUCCAAAUGCUCCUACUGACUCAAUCUUCAGAAGGAAAGCAAAAAUAAAAUUUACUUUCCCAAUUAAUCUUUCAAUUUCAAUAUUUGAGACACUGACUGGUCAGUACUUUCAGGCACAAAGUCUGGAACAAAUGGAGAAAGUCCAGUGAACGUUUGUUAAUUAGUUUUCAGUACCAUUCAGGAAUCACAAGAUGCUGUACGUUCCUGCGUUAUGCUGACGGGUUACAGAGCAGGAUGGAAGCAGCGCCGGGUGCUGCUGCUCCUGUGCAAACCCCAGACUGGGUGCUGGUUGUGACACGGGGCUCCGGCCCCACCGCCCGGCCCAGCACAACCUGAGCUCUCCGGCCCCACCGCCCGGCACGGCCGGUGCUGAGCAAGCAACCUGAGCUCUGCGCAUCUCCAGCGCCUGGCCCGGCACAGAGCGGGACACACGUCCUGGGACGGCACGGAGCUCGUGUUGUGCUUUGCUCAGAGAGCGCACUUGUCUGCUCUAAGGUAAUUGGGGCUGCUCGUCCACAGAAAGGUGGUGCUGGUGACGGCCGAGUUCUCCCUGCAGCUCCUGUUUCUGUCCCGUUGUGAGACAACGCGCCAACAUCACAAAACAAGGUGAUUCCAGCCCUGGAGAGCCCCACACCGUGGGGUGUGAGAGCCCAUGUCCAGCCGCUGUCACAGAACCUUUCAUCUGGUGGCCGGACACCUCAUCAAGAGGACUGAAACGCCAUCUGUGCACCCACAAAGCACCGGAGGGAUCCGCAGUGGUGCCUGAGGACCAGGAAGAGCUUCUGGUCAUCUUCGAACCAGGCAGCUGCCGUGCUCCACGGGACGGCGCUCAGACACGGACACGGUGCCACCCGCGGCAGGAUCUGCCCAGUCUCCUGUGCUGGCCAGGGUGUCCCCAUGCUGCCUGGCCGUGGCGGCAGCUGCAUCCAGCUGUGCUGUGUCCAGCUGUGCUGUGUCCAGCAUGGGCUCAGAGCCACAGGACAGGUGAGAUGUGUCCGUGUCCCUGCUCCCACAGCCGGUGUCCUGGCAAGGGCUGUGUCCUCUGUUCCACAGCUGCCGGGACAGCUGGUCUGUGUUGUCGUUACCUCUUACAAGAAUGAAUCCUGUCUGCAACUGCUAACCUGAAGAUUUGUAAAUCCUUUCAGUUUUAGGUCAGUCUGACAUUUUGAAGCCACACAAUUAGCUGAGUCUUGCUUUAACACAUCUCAGGACUGUUGGAUCAAGUGUCCUUUAGCUGAACAUUGCUCAUUAUACGCUAAAACGAUUAAGUAACCAAUACACAAAUGUGUAACCAGUUGGUUCUUCAGGGCUGCCCUGAGCAGUGAUAAGAUUUUGUAUAUAAUACCAUUUACUUUUCUUGCUGGCCUGUGGCUUUAUUCCAGCAUCCAGACUUGCACAGCUCCGUAAUAAACAACAUCUUGUCUCUGUGGGCUAAA